UUCACCACCGACACCUACGCACUAUCUACGUAAAUUUCAUACCUCAUCAUUUUUCUCGUUGUCUAAGGUUAAUUAGAACGCUUCAAACACACUUCCGAGAUGGGGAAAGGAUUUAAUAAUUUUAUGUCCAAAAAGGACUUUCACCCAGCUUCGUUUGCGAACAUAAAACGAGUAUGGAUGGCAGAGCAGAAACAGCUCGACUUUGAUAAUAAGCAGGAGGAGCUCAAGGUUCAAUAUGAGAAAGAACAAGACAUGUACACUAACAGGGCGUUGCUAGGCAACGAUGAGAAACUGAAGCUGGGGUUGAGCUUCAUGUACGACGCUCCUCCCGGCACGAAGGCAGCGAGAGAGAAGGAAGACGACGAACCGGAAUACAAGUUCGAGUGGCAGAGGAAGUACAACGCGCCGCGUGAAUC